GCUGUCAGAGAGAAACUGUAUAGAAAUAAUCAACAAACUGGUGGAAGACAAGAAGCUGGACGUGGUGCACACCCUGGAUGGAAAGGAGUACAUCACUCCAGCACAGAUCAGCAGGGAAAUCCGAGAUGAACUUUACGUCCAUGGAGGAAGAAUCAACAUCGUGGACCUCCAGCAGAUCAUCAACGUGGACUGGGUCCAUGUUGAAAACAGGGCAGGCGACAUCGCCAAGUCCGAUAAAGGGGUCCAGCUGGUCCUGGGACAGCUGAUCGACGACUCAUAUCUGGACCGUUUAGCUGAGGAGGUGAAUGACAAGCUGCAGGAGGCAGGUCUGGUCAGUGUAGCUGAACUGUGUAAAAACUACGACCUCCCAGGAGAUUUCCUCACAGAGGAGCUGUCCAAACGUCUUGGGAGACUGAUCCAGGGAGAAAUGGACCAGUACAACAGAGGGGCCAUCUUUACUCCAGCUUUCGUUGCUCGACACAAAGCCAGGAUACGAGGGCUCUUCAGUGCAAUCACCAGGCCCACGUCUGUCAGCAGCAUGCUUGGAUCAUUUGGAUUUCAGGAGCACCUUCUGUACUCGGUUCUGGAGGAGAUGGUGAACAGCGGGCGUCUGAGAGGAAGUGUGGUUGGAGGCAGACAGGACAAAGCUGUUUAUAUCCCUGAUAUCUACGCCAGAACUCAGAACGCCUGGGUGGACUCCUUCCUCCAGCAGAACGGAUAUCUAGAGUUCGAUGCCUUGCUCAGGCUUGGGAUCCCCGAUCCGUCCAGCUACAUCAAGAAGCGCUUCAGGUCCAGUAAGCUGCUGUUCCUGCGAGCCGCCUGUGUGGCUCAGGUUCUGCUGGACCAGGUGGAGGCCUCUGUGGAGGAGGCCGUUAACUCUGCCACGUGGACUGACCUCCAGCCGGUCCUGCCCAGCUGCCUCUCUGUGGAGGACGUGGGGAUGCUCAUCAGCCAGGCCAUGAGGAACACCAACAUCCUGUCGUCGGCRCGGGUGCUGGGUGGGAGCGUGGUGGUCAGUGAGAAGUUCAUCAGUGACUGUGUGUCGUUGUUUGAUGAGGCCAUGCAGCACAAGGCUCAGAAGGAAGUGAAAAACAAUCCGGUGUUUCUGAUCACUGAAGAAGACCUGAAGCAGGCGGCUGUCCUGACAGACAGCUCAGCACCUUCCAGAAAGGAGAAGAGGGAAGCAGAGCGCAGGAAGAAGGCUACAGAGGGCAGCGGCAGCGUGAAAUCAGGAGGAGGAGGAAACGCCAGAGAGAUCCGCAUCCGUAAAACCAAGAAGAAGGGCCGGAAAGACGAGGACAGUGAUGAAGACUCUGCACCUUCACAGCAAAAUCGCAGCAGACAGACUGAAGCCCCCUUUAUGGCCCCCGAGGAGAUUGUCUCAGUUUUAGAGCGAAGACUGACCGACUGUCCUGAAGAAGUCCUGUCUGAGCUGGCAGAACACUUAGUCAGGCCUCUGAAUAAAAGAUACCAGGAGGUCCUGCGCACCGUCUUCAUGUCGUCCAGCAGCUCCACAGCAGGGCACAGCAAGAAGAAGAACAUGAAGGACCUGCAGGAGGAGAUCACCUCCCUGUACAACAACAUCCGACUGUUUGAAAAAGGCACCAAGUUCUUCUCAGAUGAGACCCAGGUCCACAUCAACAAGCACAUUCUGAGGAGCCUGUGCUCUGAUGUGACCAACGUCCUGGUGAACUUCUUGGCUGCAGACCUGAUGAUGUCUGUGGAGAACCCCAGCACCAUCAGCCCUGAGGUCCGACUGAAGAUCCUGAGCAAACUGUCAGAGGAGACCAAAGGACCGCUCAUGAAGCUGCACAACUCCCUGAAUGGCAAAACUCUGGAAGACUUUCUGACCAACCUGGAAACGUGUGCUGAGGUCUGUGGCUUCAUGCUGAAGAAAGGAGACAAAAAAAGGGACCGACAGGCCCAGUUCCUGCACCGCCAGGCUCUCAGUGAGCAGCUGAAGGACACAGAGGACCCGGCUCUGGUUCUCCACCUGACCAGUGUCCUGCUGUUCCAGACCAGCACCCUCUGCAUGCUGCACGCCCCGGGGCGCUGCGUCCCACAGAUCAUCGGCAGUCUGACGGGUCGAAUCCCUGCGGAGCAGCAGCAGCUGCUGGCGGCCUACCAGAGCCUCGUGGUGAAGCAGCUGCUCAGCAGGAAGCAGCAGGACGAGGAAGAGGAGGAGGGGGAUGAAGAGGCCAGGAGCGUGCGAACUCAGCUCAUGGCCCUGACCCCCCAGGUGAAGGAGCUGGUGCUGGCCCAGAGGAAGACGUCUGUCUCUGAAGACUGAGUUUCAAAAUAAAAGAAGAAUUGAACCACUGA